UAUAGUCACACUUCACAAAACCACCUAAAGAUAAAAAACAAAACAAAACAAAAAAACCCUCUUUCCGUACCCAAACCACUCACCAACACCGAUCGCCGCCGUGUAACGCCACCAUCCACCACCAACACCUAGGGUUUCUCACUCAUGUCUCACUCUGACUACAUCAAUCAGUAACUCUCAUCUUCCUGUAUCUAUAUACACACACAUCAUCAUAUGAACUGAACUGCAAUUAACCUAUGGGGCGCAAAAGGCGAAACGCCGAUUCUCGCUCCAAAUCGGCGGCGACUCCUGCCGGAAAUCAUCCUCCGCCGUCGUUAUCCGCCGCUAACAACGGAGGCGUUGAUGUUGAGGUAAGUUCACUCACUACGGAACUAGAUUUAGGUUUAAAUUCAUCGAUACAACCACAAUUAAACCUAGAAAAUGAGGUUUCAGUUUCGAUUGAAUCUGACGGUUAUUCUGCUGUGAAAAUCGAGUGUGAGAAAGCGUUAAAUGCACUUAGACGAGGAAACUAUAAAAAAGCGGUUAGGUUAAUGAAGGAGUUGUGUGCGAAACACGAGAAUGGGAACUCCGCCUGUUUAGCGUUGGUUUAUCGAGUGCAAGGGACUGUGUGUGUUAAGGUUGCUGGUAUUAUGGAUGAUUUGAAUGCGAAACAGCGGUAUGCGAAGAGUGCGGUUGAGUCGGCGAGGAAGGCGGUGGUGUUGUCGCCGAAUUCGGUUGAGUUUGCGCAUUUUUAUGCGAAUUUGUUGUGUGAUACGGCUACUGAUGCGAAGGAGUUUGAGGAGUCGGUUAGGGAGUGUGAGCGUGCGUUGAUGAUUAAGAAUCCGAUUGAUCCUGGGAAGGAGAGUUUGCAGGAUGAGAGCCAGCAGAAGAUUGGUUUGGCGGAUGCGAGGAUUGAGCACGUGCAGAAUGAACUUCGUGUGUUGCAUCAGAAGGCGAAUGUUGGUAGUAUUUCGAGUUGGAUGAGGAGUUUAAAUAACGGGGAGGAAAACGUGAGGUUUUUUCCUAUUAGGACUAGGGUUGCUGAUGAUCCAAUGGAUGUACGAACGGUUCAAGGCAGAAGGAGUAAUGAUAUUAAGAAAGCGAGUAAAACUGAUGAGGAAAGAAAGAAGGAAAUUGAAGUUAAAGUGGCUGCAGCGAGGUUGUUGCAGCAGAAACUAGAGUCGUCCCAGUCCCAAACUGAAGGGGACAAGGGUCCGGAAUCUUCCACCGCGCCUAGUCAGCGAACAGGCGAACGAAGGAAAAGCGGUAAGGUGAAGAAGAAUGCAUCUACUAUUGAAAGAAAAGACUGUAUUCUCUCUUACUGGAAGUCGAUGGGUACAGAUUUGAAGAAAGACUUGUACAAGAUAAGGAUAACUGAUAUCAAAAACCAUUUUAAAUCGCCAAAAGAUGGGUUAGGAUAUGAAGUUCUUACCGAAGCUUUGUCGUUUGGUGCGAGUAAUAAGAGUUGGAGGUACUGGAUGUGCUGUCGAUGCAGUGAGAAAUUUGCAGACCCUGAAUUGCACAAGCAGCAUAUUGCACAGGAACACAUGUAUGGCUUAUCACCAAAACUGCAGACGUUGUUGCCUCUAGAUGUUGACAGUGAGUGGACUGAAAUGCUUCUGACUCAUCCUUGGAGAGCAUUGGAUACCGAUGCUGCAGUUAGAAUGAUCGAGUCGCAAUCAAAUUCCCCAGUUUCUAACGCAGACUGGUUCAGUGACGGUUAUGGUUACGCGGAUGCGUGGGAUUCACCAUCUGUACAAAAGAAGUACGAGGAUGGGCCAGAUGGCUGCAAUGGUAUUGCGAAGGACCCUGACUGUGUCCCGAUGGAAUGUGAUCAAAGCGAAAGUCGUAAGGGAUGUUUUAAUCCCGACAACUGGCCGUUAUCUGAUGACGUUGAGCGAACAAAGCUACUCGAAAAGAUAAAAACUUUAUUCCAGUUGCUUAUUAAACAUAAAUGUCUUGCAGCUAGUCAUCUUACCAAGGUUAUCCAGUUUGCAGUUGAGGAGUUGCAUCCUCAGCUUCUCAACUGCGGUGCGGAGCAAUCGCCUUUUUGUAUAUGCUUACUUGGCGCAACAGAGCUUCGGAAAGUGCUCAUGUUCUUGCAAGAGUUAUCUCAUUCCUGUGGAGUCGGUAGAUAUUUGGAAAAAGGGAAUGUUCUAGAAGAAUCGAACAGUGUCACUCAAGCGAACGAAAUGGCUGAAAAAUUAGUUUUGGAUCAAGAUGAUUCAUCUCUCUUGUUGAAUGCAAACACUUGCCAUGAUGAUGAUUCUUUCUUGUCCUGGAUAUUUUCGGGUCCCACAAGUCAAGAGGAGUUGACUCUCUGGACCCGUACUAGAGAUGAGAAUGUGCAUAAAGGGAUAGAGAUUCUCGAGAAUAUUGGUAAAGAAUUUUCACAUUUGCAGAGCUUAUGCGAUAGAAAGCUGGAGCAUAUGAGUUAUGAGGAAGCAUUGCAGCUAAUCGAAGAUCUUUGCUUAGAAGAAGAUAAGAGAAGAGAGCAUGAUACGGAGUUCGUUCACCAAAGUUACGAGUCUAUUUUGAGGAAACGAAGAGAAGAAAUUACUCAACAUGACAAUGAUGUUACACAUGUUAAUAGGUUUGAAAUAGAGGUCUUAACAAAUGUUCUUAAAGAAGCAGAUUCUAUGAAUGUGAAGCAGUUCGGGUUCGAGGAUACUUACGGUGGCGUGAAUGUGAAUAAUUCUCAUGUAUUUGACUUAGAAUCAGGUGAAGAUGAUUGGAGGGUGAAUGACUAUCUCCAGCAAUUGGAUUCUUGCGUAAAGAACGGAAUCCAGAAACAAAAAGAACAGUUGUCUAUCGAGCUUAGCAAAAUCGAUGCACGGAUCAUGCGGACUCUAUCGGAAAUUCAGAUGUUGGAAGCCAAGUUAGGCCCCUUAUGCGAGCAUGAUUUUGGACUCAUAGUUAUGCCUCUUGUGAAAUCAUAUUUGCGGGCACACCUAGAGAAUUUAGCAGAAAAAGAUGCUACAGAGAAAUCAGAUGCUGCCAGAGAAGCUUUCUUGGCGGAACUUGCUCUAGAUUCUAAAAAAGGGACCGGUGAUAUUCCAAAGCAUGUUAAUGAUAAAGUAAAGGAUAAAAGAAAGAACAAAGAAUACAGAAAAACAAAGGAUUCCAAGCCUACAGGUGCUAGUGAAUUACAUGUUUUACCGAAUGAGAAGGCAGAAAAGGCUUUCUUGGACCCACAAGUGAUAGAUGAACAAGUGAAUGAAAGUGUUGUGGAAGUUAGUGUUGCUUUCGAUGAACAGGAAGAUGAAGUCAGGCGUAGAAAGAUUGAGCUUGAAGAUGAGGAAAGGAAGCUUGAAGCGACAUUAGAGUAUCAGAGAAGAAUCGAGGACGAAACUAAACAAAGACAUCUUGCAGAACAACAUAAAAAUAGCUCAAGAAUGACACCAGUGAGCAUGGAACCCGUAAACCAAAGCAAUGGACUUUUGACCCUCCCAGAAGAUGGACUCUCAGAGAGGACUGGAACAAUGGAGGAUGGUGCUUUGCUAUAUGAGUCUAGAGCGGGAAGAAGAGGCAGGCGGCAAAAGAAUAUAACCAAGCUAAGUGACGGAAGACAACAACCUUUGUCAUCUGGAAAGGAGACUACUGAAUUUGGACGAAAUUCAUAUAGUGACCGGCUUCAAGCAGAUUCUUCUUCUGGAGAUAAUGAAAGAAGAAUAUUGAUGUUGCAAGCAGAAGACAAUGACGAAAAAAGGUUUCAAGCUGACCUAUCAAAAGCUGUGCGCCAAAGCCUUGAUGUGUUUCAUUCACAUAAGCAAUCUUCUUCAAUAUCCGGAUUGAUGAUACCCGAAGAAACGUUUAUAGAGGAGCAAGACUCUUGUGUUACAUCUAUUGAAGUUUCUCCAGAUAACGUAAACGGAAGUGAUGUAUAUGGUACAGGCCUGAAGAAUGAAGUUGGUGAAUACAACUGUUUUUUAAAUGUUAUUAUACAGUCCUUAUGGCAUUUGAGACGGUUCCGGGAGGAAUUUCUGAGCACGUCUACUUCUUUUCAUCUUCAUGUUGGUGAUCCAUGUGUUACAUGUGCUUUGUAUGAUAUAUUUAGUGCUUUAAGUUUCGCUUCUGAUACAAAAGUUCAAGCUGUUGCCCCUACUUCUCUUCGGAUCGCUCUUAGCAAAUUGUAUCCAGACAGUAAUUUCUUUCAGGAGGCACAAAUGAACGAUGCGUCUGAAGUAUUGGGAGUGAUAUUUGAUUGCUUACAUAAGUCAUUUACUUCCGUCACUGGCAUUUCCGGUACUGAACUAGUGGAAAACAAUAUCAUGGGCUCUUGGGAGUGUAUAAACAAAGCUUGUACAGCUCAUUCUAUUUUCGGUUUGGAUAUAUUCGAACGUAUGAAUUGUUAUAGUUGCGGGUUGGAAACUAGGCGUUUGAAGUACACUUCUUUCUUUCAUCAGAUCAAUGCAAACGCCCUUCGCACCAUGAAGGUCAUGUGUCCGGAAGGUUCUUUUGACGAGUUACUUAAUCUUGUUGAGAUGAAUCACCAAUUAGCAUGUGAUCCUGAGGAUGGUGGAUGUGGGAAGCUUAAUUAUAUUCAUCACAUUCUUUCUACUCCACCUCAUGUAUUUACUACAGUCCUUGGUUGGCAAAACACAUGUGAAAGUGUUGACGACAUAAAGGCAACUUUGGCAGCGCUAUCUACCGAAAUUGAUUUAAGCGUUCUUUAUCGCGGUCUUGAUCCAAAUAACAAACGCCGUUUGGUUUCAGUGGUAUGCUAUUACGGACAACAUUAUCAUUGCUUUGCUUACACCCAUGUUCAUCAACGAUGGGUGAUGUAUGAUGAUAAAACAGUGAAGGUAAUCGGAAGAUGGGAAGAUGUAGUUUCCGUGUGUGAAAAAGGGCAUUUGCAACCUCAGGUUCUUUUUUAUGAAGCUGUAAACUAAGUGUUCCAGUUUUGGCGCAAGCUUGUAAUAUAAGGAAAUUUUGUAGAAGAGUUAACCAUCUGAGAAGUUUUUACCCAGAAAAGUUGGAUGGUCAAAGGGUUAAGUCAACAAAAGUCAAUCAUCAUUCUAGUAUUAUCACAGAUUAAUAAAGUCACUUUCCAAGAAGUUGGACGAUCGAAGAAGCUUGUGAUUUCUAUUCUGGCUUACUUCUUUCCCAAGAAAUCAUUUUUGGUUGGAGCCGGAUAAAUCAGAAACUGGAAAAUGUUUGUAUAGAUCCGUGACUCAUCUGUCACCAUACGGUGCGGCCUUCAGUUGUGUACUCUGUGACUGCAGGUUGGACCAUUGUGAGAUUACUUUAACCAAUGGAACUGGUGGAGAACCUAGACGUAAAGAGGCCAUGCCUGUUUUUGUACUGCUACAUUAGGACUUAAAUAUUCAAACGUGUGAUAUCGUAUAGUUUUUUCAGACUUAUAGUUAAUUGCUCGGUUUGUUCGAUUUA